AAUACAAUUGUUUUAAAAAUUAUUAAAUUCUAUAAUUAAACAAAAAAUCAAACAAAAAUUAUUAAAGGUAAAUUUAUAUUUUAAUUAUAAAUAAAUUAAUUUAAAAAUGUUGUUGAAAAUUGCAGACAUCAAAAUAUUUCAAUAUUAGAUAAUCUUAUCUAAUUAUUUAAAACAUUGUAAUAAUAGAAUCUAUCAAUUUUGUCCAAUAUAUAACGUAAAUUCAAUAAAUAUAAAUUAUGAUCAAAUUAAAUAAAUAAAAAAUAAAAUUAUUUUCUAUAAAAAAAAUUUACAAGAAGUUAUUUUAUUUAAAUUUUGUAAAAUAUUUCGAAAUGUAGUUAUGUAAUUGUGAUAGCAUUAUAUAGGACUUCUAUUAAAUCAAAAAGUUCCUAAAAAUGCGGCGUCUGCUAAAGCACUGACAGUGUUUUGUUAUAAAAAAAAAAACGUAAUUUAAUCUAAUUUGUUGAAAGAUUUUUAUUAUCGUUUCUACGAAAUGGACUUAUUAAUGAUACUUCCUGAUAUUUGUAUGAUAACUAUCUAUUUCCAUUAAAAUCAUAGCUAUUUAUAAAGAUCAAUCAUGUUAUGGAUAUUGUAUAACCUAUGUAAUGUAUUUAUCUAAUUGUUGUUAAAAAUUGGAAAUAUAUUUGAUUAAAUGAUGAGAGAUGCGUACCAAAGGCCUGCUAUUGUUGCUUAUGUGCAUAGCAGGGAGCAGCAUCGUUUUUAUUGCUUUCAGCAAUCAACGACCUUCCAUUCAAACUUUGGUUACAGAGACACACAAGCAAUUACGAAACUUCCAAGAAAAUUUAAAAGAUGUUGAAGAAAAGCGUUUAGUAACAGAUUCCAAGUAUCUUGCAAUGCUUGGUCUUGAUGGACAAGCAAGCACAACACCUUUUAGUCUUAAAUCUCAAAAUGUGACUGUUGUUUCUCUUAUUAGGCCUGGAAAUGAACAACAUAUUUAUGGUUUUGUGAGAAAUAUCAGUCAUUUUUUGCCAAAUAACAGUAUUGUCAUUUAUAGCGUUGGAUUAAAUGACGAUUCUUUGCAAAGUAUUAGAACAGCUUGUAAUUCUACGAAAUGUAAUGUGAUUCAUUUCGAUAUAAGUCUAUUUCCAACUCAUGUUGAGGAUGAUAGAUUACAUGUUUAUAGAUCUUUAGUUAUUCAAACAGCUUUAAAUACUUUAGGAAAUAUACUAUAUAUGGAUUCAAAUGUGCGUUUAAAUUCUUCAGAUAUUUCAAAGUAUUUUUUACCAAAAUCUGGAAUUUUAACUUGGCCUACAAGGCAUGCAAUUAGUUCUUUAACGCACCCAAAGAUGUAUGAAUAUUUUCACGUGUCUGCAGAAAGUUUCUUUUUUCUUCCAUUAAUAAGAGCAUCGCAUUUAGUAAUUAGAAAUAUCAAAGAAAUUAGAGAAAAAGUAAUGUUGCCAUGGAUUCAAUGUACACUGACAAGAGAUUGUAUUUGUCCUAUUGGAGCUCAAUCAGCAGGAUGCCGAUUUAAUAAGAAACCACAAUACCGAUAUUCCGGUUGUCAUGCGUAUGACGCUUCUGCAUUGAAUAUCGUUCUUGGAUUGCACUUUAAUUUUGACGACACAUACUAUGUACAUCAAGAACGAGAAACGUACUUUAAUAAAAUAGAACCUGAAGAAAUUACGGAAGAGUAUGAAAUGAUUACAAAACAAAACAAUGUAACUGAGUCAAAUUUAAGAAAUAUCAUAUCAAAUGAACGCUAAUUUCUUGAAGAUCGUGAUUAAUUUAAAAAAAAGAUAAUUAAGUGAUAUGUCGAUCAAGCACAAGUAAUAUAAGGAUACAUAAUAAGUUAAGAAACAAAUAAAGACUUUAGUGAACAUAAA